AUGAGUGAGGACCCUGGAGGAGGUUCCUGGGCAUUUGGCUCGCGUUUCGGGCCUUUGCUCAGCGAAUCAGAACCCAGUCACCAGACGAAAAAACAAAAGCAGAUGAAUAAGCGUGGUGGACACAGAGACGGUUCAAAUGAAAUCCAGUUCACAAAAGUAAUGCGCUUCGAGGGAAACAACAACGGACCGCGGUUCCUGGUUCUGGAGCGGCAGGAUGGAGAUAAGUCGAUGGACAAAGUAAGUCCAUUCUUUAUCAAAAAAGCAAUGGACACGAUAACCUUGAACAUAGAAAUCAGCAGAAUACAAAAUGGCUGCCUAUUGUUGAAGACUGUCGAUCGACAACAAGCGAAUAAGUUGCUAAAACAAACUCGGCUUGGAGAAUCGAUGCAGAUCAAGAUCACAGAGCAUCCAACCCUUAACCUCACAUACGGAACGAUUUACUGUUGGGACUUGACCCGACUUACGGAUGAAGCAAUUCAGAAGGAGCUAAAGGACGCACACGUAGUAAAGGUUGAAAGGAUUAACAAGUUCAAGGACAUGAAAGAGACGCCCACUGGAAAAUUCAUCUUGACUUUCGAUCUAGGAUAUCUACCAAAUGCUAUUGAUGUAGGAUUUUAUAGAUGCAGAGUUGAAUUAUAUGUACCUAACCCACUCAGGUGUAAAGACUGCCUGCGAUUUGGACACACGAAAAAGCAUUGUAGAAAUCGCAAUCGUAUGUGUGCCAGAUGUGGAGAACUUUUCCAUGGUGACAACUGUUCAUCCCCGGAGAAGUGUGUCAAUUGCGGAAAAUCCCACUCAGCUUUUGAUCGUUCUUGUGAGAUAUUCAUGGACGAAAAAGAAAUCCAACGCAUCCGUGUUACGGAACGAAUCUCAGUUAAGGAAGCGCGAAAAAGGAGAAGACAACAAGUCCCUCAAGCACCGGUUUACACGAGAAGUUAA